AUGCCUCUACCCUAUAAAGUCGUCCUUCUAGGUGACUCAUCGGUUGGCAAAACAUCCCUCGUCCACCGCUUCAUCGCCGACGCCUUCAAUCCGCAUCUGGCCAACACAAUUGGCGCUGCUUUCAUUUCGAAAGAUUACACCCACAACGAACGCACCGUCAAGUUCGAAAUCUGGGACACCGCGGGCCAGGAACGGUACAAGUCGUUGACGCCCAUGUACUACCGCAACGCGCUGGUGGCGCUUGUGUGUUUUGAUCUCGGAGUGCCGGAAGCUUCGUUUGAGAGGGCAAAGUACUGGAUCGAGCAGCUUCUAACGUUGGGGCCGGCGGACAUCAAGAUCCGUGUUGUCGGGAACAAGAUGGAUUUGGAGCUGGAGGAGGCGGGGCUGCUCCUGUUGAUCGAGGAGUUCUGUAGGGAGAGACAGUUGGCUGUACUGAAGACGAGUGCGAAACGGGGCGAGGGUGUAGGCGAGUUGUUUGAUUCGAUCGUGCUGGAGAUUCCGCAGGCGGAGUUUGAUAGUUAUAGUCUGGAGCAGGCGCAGGAGGGCCAGACGGACGAUGCGCUUCUCUUGAACUUGCGUAACCGAAGGACUGGCUGUUGCUAG